AUGUCAGCUACUGAUGUGCUCAUUGUCGGCGCGGGCCCAGCAGGCCUAACUCUCGCCUUGGAGCUGUCCAUGCAGAACAUCCCCUUCCGCCUCGUUGAGAAAGAAUUGGAGCGCUCCGACAAGUCACGCGCCCUGGGCGUGCACUCGCGCACUCUCGAGGUGCUGACUAGGUACGGCGACUCCAUUCAGCAGCUGUUGGACUGUGCAGGGCGCAUCGCUGGCAACAAUCUAUGGAUCAACAAGAAGCGCUACAGUGGCUUCGACGCCAGCCUUCUGGGCCUGACCAAGGUACAGUCCGACACGAGGUACCCCGGCGUGUUCACCGCCUCGCAGGUGUAUACCGAGGCCUGGUUCGACCGUCGUCUGGGGGAGAGAGGUAUCGUCAUCGAGCGCCCGGUCACGGUGAAGAGUAUCGUGCAGGACGGGGAAGGGGCGACUGCUGUUCUGGCCAAGCAGGAUGGGUCGGAAGAGUCUGUGCGCGCUCGAUACAUCGUCGGAUGUGAUGGCGCUCACAGCAUCGUUCGGCACAGCAUGGACGUCGAGUUUGUAGGAGAUGCCUACCCGCAAGAGUUCAUCCUGACCGACACCGGGUGCGAGUGGCCUGAAGGCCAAGGCAGAGCCCACAUCUUUCUCGGCGACAGCAUGAUGAUAUUCUUGCCGAUGAAGGGAGGGAAGGCUCGCCUUGUUGCCUCGCGCCCAGAGCAUCUCGCCUCCGACGCGGAUCCAACCCUCAAGGACUUCCAAGACUGCAUCGCCACCAUGCUCCCAGAAGAUAUUCCCAAACCGAAGCUUCACGACCCAUACUGGCUGGCCCGUUUCCACCUGCAUCACCGCUGCGUGUCCAAGUACCGCGACGGCAGGCUGUUCGUCGCUGGUGACGCUGCUCAUAUCCACAGUCCGAUCGGCGGCCAGGGUUUGAACACUGGCAUCCAGGACAGCGUCAACUUAGGGUGGAAGCUCGCAGCCGUCCUCAGAGGCGACAAGCCAGACGCCUUCCUGGACUCGUACCAUGAGGAACGCUGGCCCAUCGGACAACACCUCCUCAGGGAGACGGACCAGCUCUUCACCUUCCUGACGACCCCCGACCCUCAGAUGAAGGACAUGCGCAACAUGCUCCUGCCGCACGCCCUGCCGUCCCUGGUGGGCACGCGUGAGACUGGCAGUAAGAUGUUUAUCUACUUCUCCCAGCUGAGGGUCAAGUACCGCCACAGCUCCAUCGUGCACACCGCUGCUGGCUUCGAGGGGCCGGUGCUGGGCGGGUAUCGGGCGCCGGAUGGCAAGAUCAGGACGGCGAAGGACGAGGGAGAGGAGUCGUGGCUCCAGGACCUGUUCAGGGGGACUGGGCACCACCUCUUGCUGUUCUCG